AUGUCUGCAUCUUUUGCGCAGACCGGCGACUUUCCGUCGCGCCCCAUCACACUGGUGGCACCGUUCCCCGCAGGGUCAGUGACAGACGCCGUGACCCGUGUGCUUGCCAAUGCCCUGACGCAAUCCCUUGGCAAGCCGGUGAUUGUCGAGAACAGGGCCGGGGCGCAGGGCACGAUUGGUGCAGCCUAUGUGGCCAAGGCCAAACCCGACGGCUACACACUGCUGGUCGGCUCGUCCGUCAUGUUUGUGGCGAACAGUCUCUUCAAGGAGUUGUCUUACGACCCCGUCGCCAGCUUCACGCCGGUGGCGAACGUCGGCUCCACAGCCAUGAUGUUCAUGGUGUCGCAGUCUUCCCCCUACCGCACGGUCGCCGAUCUCGCAGCGGCCCAGAGAACAGGUAAACAAUCUGUGAGCAUGGGCUAUGGCUCGCCAAGCGGCCAGGUUGCCGUCGCACUGUUUUCUACCGUGACGAAGUCAGAACCCCUGGGCGUUGCUUACCGUGGAAUUCCCCAGGCCAUGACGGACAUGAUCGGUGGACAGGUGCAGGUCGCCGUUGUGGACAUUGGAAGCGCCAUGGCGCAAAUCAAUGGCCAAAAGGCCAGGGCACUUGCCAUAUCGUCUGCAAGCCGCUACGAAGGUGCACCCGAUGUGCCGACCUUGCAGGAGGCUUUUCCACGGGCCAGCGGCACGCUUGAGACACUGAUCUCCGUCAUGGCCCCCGCAGGUCCUCAAUACCAAGGUCAUGCCCAUGGACAGCAAGCAACUCGAAAACCGCAUACGCGCAGACAAUCCGCGAUGGGUUGA